ACUAGCAUAAAAGAUUGGGAAUAUGGAGCCAUCGAUCAGUUGGAGCAAGUUUUCCAGCGAGGUGACCGAGGUCACCAGGCGGUCCAGAUGCUCAACAACCGAGACUUCGCUAUUCAACUGUUUGCUUCGCUUGUCCCUCACAAAGGUGCCGAGCCUGCGCACGACCCCCGCCACCUUGCGGCAGCAGGAGACGCGCGCGCUCUGCAUCGGGGCGAGUUGCUUGACCCUGGGAUCUCCACUGUGAAAGAGAGAUCUCGCCAGAAGUCCAGUUGG